AUGUCUUCGAAUGCGUAUAUCCCCAAUAUUUAUAUCAUCGGCCCUCAAUCCACAGGCAAGACAACACUCGUCAACAAGCUGAAGGCCGAUCUAGAGCACUGGCUCGCUGACACAUCAAUCGACAAGCCACAUAUCGUCUCCGAAGUCGCCAGAACUGUUCUCGCAAAAAAUAAAUACUCAGCUGAAGAUAUCCAAGCAUCAACGACCAGGUGCUUCGAACUCCAGCAGCUCAUCCUCGAAGCGCAAGCAGCAGCCGAGAAGGAAGCUCUCAAGACCUCGAGCUGGUUCAUCUCCGACCGUUCCGGGUUCGACCCAUUAGUCUACGCAAAGCGAUAUGCCGCCCCAGGUGCAGUUGAACAGCUUCAGGGGCUCGAUGGGUGGAAACAAGUCAAGGCGAGAAUGGAGAGGUCUCUGAUUGUGGUUUGUGAAGCCGGCACACCGUGGCUCAUGGAUGAUGGCGUGCGGCUGAUGCCUGGGAGCUAUGAUGAAUGGAUGCAAACUUUUUACAACUUUUGUGAGAUGCUGGAUGAGCUUGACAUGCAUUGGUUGCUUAAUCUCGACUACAUAGCCUUUGGCUGGCAUACCAUGAAGUCAUGCGACAACCAUGACUUUGGCUUUGGCUUUGGUAAGCCUGGCGAAUUCCGAUGGCCACAUCCUAACUUUGAAGGCUUCUUCUUUGUACUUCCGUUUAGAGCCGGAGUUUGGAAUGCUAGUGGCAAUCAGGAUAUCGCAGUCCGCUGUGGUUUGGAGGAGCGUUGCUAUGACCAAUUGGAGAAGGAUCAAGAGUUUGCGCGAUAUGCCGAGCCUUGGGGCUUGGGUGUUUGA